GUUUUUCCGGUGAUUUCAUCUACAGCGAAAGUACGGCAUGCAGAGCUGAUAACUCGUUCAACGUAAAUAUGUCAACAUACAAUACAUGGGCAACCUCGGGAUUCUUUGAGAUAAACCUUGGUGUUGGAAACCUAACCUUCACACAAGCGAAAGCUAUUGACAUCUCAUGGGACAUUGUGAUUGGCCGUGGAGGACAAGCGCUUUUGGCAUUUACGUCUUGGCGUGUAUUUGCCGAUUAUGUGACGACUUCGAUGGAAUUUGCGCCUAUCACAUACGCUAUCUUCUCUACCAUGUACCUCCAAGAUGAACCUUCCAUUCUCUCGGUAUCUCGCAUUAUAAGAAUAUUUAUAUCUGGUCGAGGACUCAAGUCUAAGCUUGCUAUGGCUUUCAUGAUAUUAAAUAUGCUAUUUCUGAUAGGAUGGCCGACAGUUGCUAGUGCAAUGACUGGAUAUACCACAGCCGUCAAAGCAUUUGUCCCGGAUUAUGAAGGAAACUAUAUCGCGUACGCUGAUUUUCAGCCUAUAGCGUACAUUAUACACGAUGGGCUGAGAGUAAAUCUCACCAAUGACUACAUGGUACCCUUUCUCAGCACACAGCUAGACAGCAGCAAGUAUCCAAAUCAUACUAAAUAAGGUUGUCGCUGACGAUAUUUUUAGUGGAACAUAUAUUUAAAUCUAGUCCACCAAGAAGCGAUUGCGAGUUCACCGAAUUUUA